AGCAGUUUUCCCUUGUUCUAUUUCUCUUUCUACCAGAGGCGACAGCGACAGCGGGAAAGAAAGAAGAGAUGGCCGGAAAGGGGGAGGGACCAGCGAUCGGAAUCGAUCUCGGCACGACCUACUCGUGCGUCGGAGUUUGGCAGCACGACCGCGUAGAGAUCAUCGCGAACGACCAAGGCAACCGGACGACGCCGUCUUAUGUCGCCUUCACCGACACCGAACGCUUGAUCGGCGACGCCGCCAAGAACCAGGUCGCCAUGAACCCUAUCAACACCGUCUUCGAUGCAAAGAGGUUGAUUGGUAGGAGGUUCAGUGAUCCCUCUGUUCAGAGCGAUAACAAGUUGUGGCCCUUCAAGGUCAUUUCUGGACCUGGUGAUAAGCCCAUGAUUGUUGUCAACUACAAGGGUGAGGACAAGCAGUUUGCAGCUGAGGAGAUAUCCUCCAUGGUACUCAUCAAGAUGCGUGAGAUUGCUGAGGCCUAUCUUGGUUCCACUGUGAAGAAUGCUGUGGUCACUGUGCCUGCAUAUUUCAAUGAUUCUCAAAGGCAGGCAACUAAGGAUGCUGGUGUUAUUGGUGGCCUGAAUGUGAUGCGUAUUAUCAAUGAACCCACUGCUGCCGCCAUUGCUUAUGGUCUUGACAAGAAGGCAACAAGUGUUGGAGAGAAGAAUGUCUUGAUUUUUGAUCUUGGUGGUGGUACAUUUGAUGUCUCUCUACUGACCAUUGAAGAGGGUAUCUUUGAGGUGAAAGCCACCGCUGGAGAUACCCAUCUUGGAGGUGAAGAUUUUGACAACAGGAUGGUGAACCACUUUGUUCAGGAGUUCAAAAGGAAAAACAAGAAGGACAUUAGUAACAACCCCAGAGCAUUGAGGAGGUUGAGGACUUCCUGUGAGAGGGCCAAGAGGACUCUCUCAUCAACUGCCCAGACCACCAUUGAGAUUGAUUCCUUGUAUGAGGGAAUUGAUUUCUACUCCACCAUUACACGUGCCAGAUUUGAGGAGCUCAACAUGGAUCUCUUUAGGAAGUGCAUGGAACCAGUUGAGAAGUGUCUGAGAGAUGCUAAGAUGGACAAGAGCAGUGUUCAUGAUGUUGUGCUUGUUGGUGGCUCUACCAGGAUUCCCAAGGUCCAGCAGCUUUUGCAGGACCUCUUCAAUGGCAAGGAGCUUUGCAAGAGUAUCAACCCUGAUGAGGCUGUUGCUUAUGGUGCUGCUGUUCAAGCUGCUAUUUUGAGUGGUGAGGGCAAUGAGAAGGUGCAGGACCUCUUGUUACUGGAUGUCACCCCUCUCUCCCUUGGUUUGGAGACUGCUGGUGGUGUUAUGACUGUGCUCAUUCCCAGAAACACCACCAUCCCUACCAAGAAAGAGCAGGUCUUCUCUACCUACUCCGACAACCAACCUGGUGUGUUGAUUCAGGUCUAUGAAGGUGAGAGAACAAGGACGAAAGACAAUAACUUGCUUGGCAAAUUUGAGCUCUCUGGGAUUCCACCAGCUCCAAGGGGUGUUCCUCAAAUCACUGUAUGCUUUGACAUUGAUGCCAAUGGCAUCCUUAAUGUCUCUGCAGAAGAUAAGACCACUGGGCAGAAGAAUAAGAUCACCAUCACAAACGACAAGGGAAGGCUGUCAAAGGAGGAAAUUGAGAAGAUGGUUCAGGAAGCGGAGAAGUACAAGUCUGAAGAUGAAGAGCAUAAGAAGAAGGUUGAAGCGAAGAAUACCUUAGAGAACUAUGCAUAUAACAUGAGGAAUACAAUAAAGGAUGAGAAGAUUGGUGAAAAGAUUCUUCCAGCUGACAAGAAGAAAAUUGAAGAUGCCAUUGAGCAGGCCAUCCAGUGGCUUGAUGGCAACCAGCUUGCCGAGGCAGAUGAGUUUGAGGACAAGAUGAAGGAACUUGAGAGCAUCUGCAAUCCGAUCAUUGCAAAGAUGUACCAGGGUGCAGGUGGUGGUAUGGGUGGUGACAUGGAUGAUGAUGCUCCAGCUACAGGCGGAAGUGGUGCUGGUCCUAAAAUUGAGGAAGUUGAUUAAGAUGCUGGUUGAUUUAGUUGCUUGGUUUCUUGUUAGUUUUGUGUUUUGAUGACUUGGAAGUUACUUUUAUGAAUUUUACUGGAAGUUGGCACUCAGAACUUUCCAAACUGGCCUUUUGAUCAAAGCCUAAUGGCUACAGUAAAAUUUGGCAUUGUUAAGAGUUACCUGCCUAA